AAAAUAAAUCAAUUUAAUUUUUUUUACAAAAUUUCCCAAAAAAAUCAUAAGGGGUAAGCCUUAUGAAAUUUUCGAGUUGAAAAUUUUUUUGAAAUUUUUUUGUUAUUUUUUAUUCUUUCUUUAUUUUAAAGCAUUAUUUGAGCGAAAAGAAACUUAUUGUAACAAAUUUGCAUUAAAAUAUAUCAAAUUUAUAAAUUUUGCACUGUCGAUAAACUUAAAUCAAUGAGGUUUAUUUAGCAUUGAUCCACUAUAACCGAACGUAGGAAAGUUAUGGUCGUUAUGGGCAGGUCAAGCUAUGAAAAUACUGAUGGGGGGUGAACUGAUUUGAAAAGUACUGACCGGGGCGAGGGCGUCAUUUUUGGAGGCCCAAUCAUGCAUCACUUCAAUCAUGCAUGUUUUUUUAUAUGAACGCAAUGUUGAAUUGGCAUAUGCGGUCAAUGAAAAAUAUAUCACUCAUCAAUAAUUUAGCUCUAGUCUCUAUUUGUCUGGCACAAAAAUGCCAAUCACCUCCAAUUAUGGCUUAUUUAUUACUGUUCGGACUUCCAUAGUAGUAGGUUGCUGGAAGCUUGUCCGUUGAUAAAAUAGAAGCCAACCGCAUAAACAGUUUGGUACCGUUUCUGUGAUGCACGUCGCUUUAGAAGCUGCUGUACUUAUCUUGCUGUGCACAACCAGUAGUCAGGGAAGGGUUCUAUCUAGAAUGAAAGCGUAUGAAGAACUUCGCACGGCCAUCGUGGACGCUGAAGCUGGUUAUGGUUUGGGUGGAAAAGUGUUUCUCAACUCGGACGAAUUGCGAACUGAUCGGACGCUGAGGGCGUUGAAAAGGAGCGAAUUGGAAGGGCCCGAUCGAGUCCAACCGGGAGCGGCAGGAAUGCAUUUCUUUGAUGCUAAACCAUUGAUCGAGAAUAGUACCGUAUAUGGCGCAUUGAAGCUAAUGCCCAAGGGUGCUAUAUUGCAUCUGCACAACUCGGCAGCAGUUUCGUCUGGUUGGGUCAUUAGAAAUUUAACAUACCGUCGGGAAGCAAGGCUAUGCAAUGUGGAAGGUCGUUACUACUUCACUGUCAGAACACUUAGCAUCUGUCCGGAGAAUCAAACGAGACUUAUUGGCGACAUGAGGAAGGAACGCCAGAAGGACAUAGUUGCAUUUGACGAAUGGCUGGAAUCGUUAAUCAAUAUGAAGUUGAAACCAUCCCGAAACCGGCACGCUACUAUCGAUGAGCUGUGGAUGGAGUUUGAGAGCUGUUUUGAUGCGAUAAAAGGCUUUCUUCAGUAUAAACCAUUCUUUGAAGCAUAUCACCGACAACUGCUACAGGAGUUUCACAACGACAACGUGUACUACAUUGAGCUGCGAGCGUCUCUUUCGAAAUUGUUUGACUCCAACGGAAAAGAGUAUGGUCCACCGGAGGUGGCGUACAUACUACACCAAAUUGUGGAAGAUUUUCGCCGACAGCAUCCAACCUUUCACGGCGUUAAAAUAAUACUGUCCAAGCACAAGAACAUGAGCAAUGCUGAGCUUGAAAGUGCGCUAAAGCUGUACGAAAGCUUGAGUGCCACUUUUCCAGGCUUUGUUGUCGGGUUCGAUUUAGUUGGUCAAGAAGAUGUGAAUCGGUCUUUGAGAAGUUUUGCUUCGUCACUACUAGAACCACCAACAUCAUCAGGACCCCCAAACUACUUUUUCCAUGCCGGAGAAAUAGGUAAACGUUUUUCGAGUUCAGAUUCCAACAUUCUAAGUUUCGCAAUAAUUUCAGUUGGAUAUUUCUCCGAAGCCAGCGAGAACGUUAUCGAUGCCGUACUACUAGACACUAAACGGAUCGGGCAUGGUUAUGCGCUGAUCAAGCAUCCCAUUCUUUGGCACGCCGUUCGACGAAAACAAAUCGCCCUUGAAGUAUGUCUGAUCUCCAACCAAGUGCUAGGACUGGUGCGUGAUCUACGCAAUCAUCCGGCCAGCUUUUACGUGGCGCAAAAUAUACCCAUCGCUAUCACGAGUGAUGAUCCUGGCUUUUGGGAUGCGAUUGGUGUAACGUUUGACUACUAUUAUGCGUUUAUGGCAAUUGCACCGCAAGCGGGACUUGGUUUCCUGAAGCAGCUCGUAUGGGAUUCCAUCAGAUACAGUUCGCUUAGUGACGAAGAGCGACAAAAUAUCACGCAAACAAUGGAGAAACAAUGGGCCCUGUUUGUACGGGAAAUGGCAAGAGAAAAAGGAACUGGAAACUAAACAUUAUGUUGUAAAAACAAACAAGUAAAGUGUAAGGAUAUCCCCAUAGAACCGAUUUGUAUUUGAACCAAGCGACUACACACAAUAGGACUGGUACUUAAUCUCAUCCGGAUCGUUACAGCAAUGAAUAAAAAAAUCAAGAAAACCGAAAAGGCAGAGGAUGAAUUAUCAAAAAAAAGUUUAAAUUUGAUCCUUUCUGGUAGCAAUAAAGAAAAAUAAUUUAAAUUAAAAAUAAAUUCCAAUUAUAUGUCCUACUACUCUUGCGUUACCGAGCCAGUGUGCAGAAGAAGCAAUGUGUAGUUGUCUCUGUUACGCACUUUAAACAUGAUCAGUAGAGACACCUGUCUGGGUGUGCGUGAGCGACGUCCAAACACAGUGUGCCAUGCAAACGCACCCCAAGUGAUCGUUGCUAUUGUUGUUGUUGUUGUUG